CUGCAGUGGAUUGGAGGAUGCACUGCUCAGGCGCGAUUUUGCAACGCGGGACAACGCUCCUGUGGGCGCACACAGGUCAAUUGAGACGACCUGCUGCGACAAGAAGGAAAGAAACCGCAGUCUUCACAUAUUCCUGCAACUUUUGUAGUUACUUUAUAGCAGAGAGCGGAUCAGAUUUUUUUUCUUCUUCUUGUACUCUUUGGAAAUGAAGGAAGUAUUUACUCCAGAUUAAGAAGGCAAACUAUUUAUUACACUUGCUCGUUUAUCUUGUUGAAAAAAAAAAUAGUUUUGCGGCUUUUGCAUCAAACACCGGGAUUUUGACACUCAAACGAUGGCUGAGAGCAAGCACCCUCACGUUAUUUUCUGCAAUGACUCGCCUAAAAGAGUUUUGGUGUCCGUCAUCAAGACCACUCCGAUUAAACCCAGGAAAGCAGAGGCCAUAACUCCGACAAGCCCCGGCUUUAGCGACUUUAUGGUCUACCCGUGGAAGUGGGGAGAGAACGCCCACAAUGUAACCCUGAGCCCGGGCUCAGGGAGUGGAGCCGCGUCCCCUACCGGGACACAGACGGCCAGGGAAGCGGACACAGCUCCUUCACCUGAGCAGAUCAAGGAUGGUAUCCGCAGAGGCCGGCCACGGGCGGACACAGUCCGGGAGCUGAUAAGCGAGGGGGAGACUUCAUCCAGCCGUAUCCGUUGUAACAUCUGCAACCGAGUGUUUCCCAGAGAGAAGUCUCUCCAGGCCCAUAAGAGGACACACACAGGUGAGAGGCCUUAUCUGUGUGACUACCCAAACUGUGGGAAGGCAUUUGUCCAGAGUGGACAGCUGAAGACCCACCAGCGCCUGCACACUGGGGAAAAACCCUUUGUUUGCUCUGAGAAAGGAUGUGGCAAUCGGUUUACACAUGCUAACCGGCACUGCCCCAAGCAUCCUUUCUCCCGUCUGAAGAGGGAAGAACCAAAGGAGGGUCUGGGGAAGGCUCAGUCUGUGGAUAACAAGGCUGUGGCAGAGUGGCUGGCAAAGUACUGGCGAACCCGUGAGCAGCGUGCCCCUACAGCCACCAAGGUGAAGCCACAGGGCAAGGCUAGAGGGCAGGACCAGGAGCAGCAGGAUCCAAUGGAGUUUCUCCAGUCUGAUGAAGAGAACGGGGAAGAAGAGACCGCAGAGGAGGAGAAGAGCACCCAGGGAGGAGCAGCCAAGCGCCGCCUCCAGGAGCAACGAGAGCGACUCCACGGCGCUCUGGCGCUCAUCGAGCUGGCUAACAACCUGUCUCCCUGAACGAACACCCAUCCCGGACUCCCAAUUCCCUGCCCUCGUAUCUCUAUCCCAGUCCGCCUUCCUGUUACAUGUGCUGUCGCUAAAAUUCUUCCUACAAUGCAGAUCAACAAGUAGUUUAGUUUUUUUCCUGUAAAGUUGUGAAAACAGACUUUGUAAAAGAGCUGGAUUGGCUUGAGAUCAGUGUUACACAGGUAUCUGUUCCCACACACAUUAUCAGGAAGGCACAAGCUAAAGCACCUUAUUCAGCUUCAAUUUUAUCCUUUUUAGGCUGCUAUAAUUGUAGAUUUGACAAUAUGAAGAAUGUCUUUCUUUCUUCUGUCUUCUAAAGGCAAAGAAAGGAUACCUAUCA